AUGGCUGAACAAGAACAAGAGAGCGCCCGAGUUAGAGCAGAACUAGACGAAAUCAAGGGAGGCAUGUCCCAGAUGCGAGAGAUGUUGCAAGCUUUAACCUUCAGGUUUGAGAUUCCGCAAGCGACCGUGAUUUCAGAGACCACGGGCCCAGCAGUAGAAGUCCCACCUCAGAGGACGUUACCCUCAACCCUUCCUCCAUAUGGGUUACCUUAUGACUUCGUCCCCCGAGCGGAGGUGGUGCACGAAAUGGGGCAAUCUGUCCAACAAGUCGUGCCAUUACCGGUUUACACUGACGCACGUCCAGUCAUCCAUACUGUGGUUCCACCAGCUGCCUAUGCUAGGCAUAUUCCUCAUUAUGAAGAUCAAAACCACAUGUAUCAGACUGUCGACUCAACCGUUGCUGGUGACAAAGUAAGGCUUGAGGAUUUCAGAGAAGUAAUGGAGAACAUGCAGCUCCUCGAGAAGAAGUUCCGAGAUCUAGAAGGAGACCACGUCUUUGGAUCUGCUGCCAAAGAAAUGUGCCUGGUAUCCGGGUUGGCCAUUCCAACCAAAUUCAAAACUCCGGACUUCGACAAAUACAAGGGGCAUACUUGUCCAAAGAGCCAUCUCAUCAUGUAUUAUCGAAAAAUGGCUGCACACAUGGAGGACGACAAGCUGAUGAUCCACUGCUUUCAAGACAGCUUGAGUGGGGCUCCUUCCAAGUGGUAUUUGAGUCUGGAUCAGAAUAGGAUCAGGUGUUUCCAAGACCUGUCAGACGCGUUCAUAAAACAUUACAAAUACAAUAUGGACAUGGCGCCUGACAGAAGACAGUUGCAGAGCAUGUUUCAGCAUGACAAGGAGUCCUUCAAGGAGUAUGCUCAGAGAUGGAGGGAGUUGGCUUCUCAAGUUGAGCCGCCUCUAGCUGAGAAAGAAUUGGCUGAACUGUUCAUUGACACUGUCCAACCUCAAUUCUACGAGAAGAUGGUUGGAAGUGCUUCCCUGGGAUUCUCGGAGCUUGUGGCUAUAGGAGCUCGCGUUGAAUAUGGUGUAAGGAAUGGAAAACUAGCGGCUGUAGCUGGAACUUUGAAUGCCAAUCAAAAGAAGUUCUCUGGAGGGUUUCCCAGAAAGAAGGAAGGGGAAACAAAUGCUGUGACUGUUGGUCAGGGAAGAGCUCCUCCAAGAAGGAGACCACAACAAUAUCCACCUCAGCAGUAUGUUCAACAACCAAUUCACUAUCAGCAACCCAUGUAUCCCGUCCAGUAUGCUCCACAACCGUACAUGGCUGUUGUGACGCCUGCGUUCAAUCAACAGCCUGCUCAGGCUUAUCAAGCGCCUCCAGUCUAUCGACCAACUCCAGUUCAACAACGUGUUGUGGCUCCUCCAGCUUAUCAACAAGCACCAGCAGCUCCCAUUUAUCAACAACCGAGAGCUCAAGCGCCGAGGCAAAAUGCUCAGAACCAGAAUAGGAAGCAAGGGGAGAGGGCGACCUUCAAUCCAAUCCCAAUGUUGUACACUGAGUUGUAUCCCUUCCUAUUGCAAAAGGGGUUGGUAGUUCCCAGACCUAUGGGACCCCCACCUGACCGUCUUCCUCCAUGGUACAACCCUAAUGCACACUGUCCUUUUCAUGAAGGUGCCCCCGGGCAUGACCUAGAGGGUUGUUACGCUCUAAAGCAUAGGGUUCGUGAACUGAUUGAGAGCAAGAUCUUGUCUUUUAAGGACAUGGGACCGAAUGUGAAGAACAAUCCUCUUCCUCCCCAUGGAAAUCCUACGGUAAAUGCCAUUGAGGAUGCUUCUGUUGGUGUUACGGUUGAUAAGGUGGAUGAUGUAAAGACUCCUUUGGCAGCAUUCCAUGCCCGACUGGUGGAAGCUGGCAUGAUUAAUGUUAAUCAUGAAAAUUGUGAAGAGUGUGCCACAUACCCAAAGGGAUGUCAGGUGGUACGAGACAACAUUCAAAAUUUGAUGAAUAAAGGAGUGCUUCAAAUAUCCAGUGCUGUGAAGAACGAAGACGUGUUGGUAAUUGAACCUUGUUUCAAUUUACCCGAACCAGUGGAAAUCCCAUAUUAUAGUGGUGGAGUGGUUCCAGUGAAUAGUAAACCGUCGCCUGUGGAAAUAUGUGUGCCCACGCCUUUUCCAUAUGAGAGCACCAAGGCUGUGCCUUAG